AGGAUGCUGCUUUGGGAGUCCCGGCUGCUUUCUACUCGGAUCUGCUCCCUCCGCGCCGUCUCUUUCCCUCCUCCUCCGCCGUCAUGCAAACUCACAAAACCAAGGUCUGCAUCGUCGGAAGCGGCCCCGCGGCACACACAGCAGCGAUCUACGCCGCUAGAGCAGAGCUCAAGCCUCUCCUCUUCGAAGGAGCGAUGGCUAACGACAUCGCUCCGGGAGGUCAAUUAACAACCACCGCCGACGUCGAGAACUUCCCUGGCUUCCCGGAAGGUAUCCUCGGAAUCGAAAUCGUCGAGAAGUUUCGAAAACAAUCGGAGCGAUUCGGUACAAAGAUCUUCACGGAGACGGUUAACAAAGUCGAUCUCUCCUCGAAGCCGUUUAAGUUAUUCACCGAUUCGAGAACCGUACUCGCCGACGCCGUGAUAAUCUCCACGGGAGCUGUAGCGAGACGGUUAAGCUUCACUGGAUCUGUUGAAUUUUGGAAUCGAGGGAUCUCGGCAAGUGCUGUACGCGACGGAGCAGCUCCGAUCUUCAGGAACAAGCCUCUGGUGGUUAUCGGCGGGGGAGAUUCGGCUAUGGAAGGAGCGGAUUUUCUGAGUAAGUAUGGAUCUACGGUUUAUAUAAUCCACAGGAGAGAUACGUUCAGAGCGUCUAAGAUCAUGCAGAAGAGAGUUUUAUCAAACCCUAAGAUUGAAGUGAUUUUGAACGGUUCGGUGGUGGAAGCCUACGGAGAUGAGGAGGGGAAAGGUGUUCUUGGAGGGUUGAAGGUUAAGAAUGUUGUUACUGGUGCUGUCUCUGCUGUGAGGGUGGCUGGACUGUUCUUUGCUAUUGGUCAUGAUCCAGCUACGAAGUUCUUGGAGGGGCAGCUUGAGCUUGAUGAUGAUGGUUAUGUUGUUACUAAGCCUGGUACUACGAAGACUAGUGUGGCUGGUGUGUUUGCUGCGGGAGAUGUGCAAGAUAAGAAGUAUAGGCAGGCUAUCACAGCUGCAGGAACUGGGUGCAUGGCCGCCUUGGAUGCAGAGCAUUACUUGCAGGAGAUUGGAUCUCAAGAGCUUAGAGUGAUAAGAGAAGACGUCGGAGAAAGACCAAUUAUAAUUAAAUUUGGUCAAGUUGUAAGAGCAGAUCCAGUCACGGUAUUUAGAGAAAAACCCGAGAGUGAAAGGCAAACAAGAAAUAAGUGGAGCCCAACUGAAGAUGGUGUUCUUAUUAGUGCGUGGUUAAAUACAAACAAAGAGCCUAAUGUGGGUAGUAAUGAACCAAGAGCUGCUGCUUUUUGGAAAAGAAUUGCUGCAUAUUAUUCAUUAAGUCCUGCAGUUGCAAGUCUAGCAAAACGAGAAUGGAAUCACUGUAAGCAAAGGUGGCAGAAAAUAAAUGAUAGUGUUUGCAAGUUUGUUGGAUACUAUGAUAAUGCUUUGAGUCAAAGAAGUCGUGGCCAGUCGGAAGAUGAAGUUCUCCAAGUUGCAUACGAUAACUACUUCAACUAUUACAAAUGUAGAUUCACGCUUGAACAUGCAUGGAGGAAGCUCCGUCAUGAUCCAAAAUGGCGUAGUUAUUACAUGUCUCAAAAUUCCAAGACUAGUGGAAGUUCAAAACGACCAAAACUGAAUGAAGUUGUCACAGUUUCUUCAAGCUCUAACACAGAAAGUAACGUAGAGGAACUAGCUGUGUCUCGUCCUGUGGCUGUGAAGUCACCAAAGCUUAAAGAGAAGAUAGUUGUUACUGAAACAACAACGAAUGAAGAAGAAAGGGAGUCCAACCCUCGAUCAAAGCUCGAGAAGUUGUGGGCUCUAAAUGAGAAAGACAUAGUUGAGAGGAAUAAGCUAUCAAGGAUAGAGCUGCUUAGAAGCCUUCUCGAAAAAACAGGAAAACUUUCAGAAAAAGAAGAAGCUUUGAAGAACAAACUCAUCGAUGAGAUGCUCUAAUCUUAAGCUUGUAUCGUGCAACUUAAUAUAUAUAUAUUGUAAAAAUAUGCUUUAGCUAAGGUGAUAAAUUCACGUCCAAGACUUCCGUUCUCAAGGAGUGCUUUUGGCUUGGAUGUAGGAGCUAGUGUAGAUUAAUCUAGUGAUAGUUGUUUUUUGCAUGCGUCACCUGUUGUUUGAAUUUGCGAUUCCCUCUUGUGGUGGUGGGCUAUGUUUCUGAGGAUUUUUAGGUGUUUUUCACCGGUUUUUGGAUUUUACCCUUGUAUGUUUAUCAGAUGUUAAGAAAAAACACUGUCUAGUGUUUGUCUGGGUUUUGUAAAGAGAAAGUAUUAGAGAGAUGGGAUCUGAUUUGGUUAUAUAGUGUUUUUGUUCGGUUAUUGAGUGCAAAUUCAAUAUUUGUCUUCCAUCCAGUAAAGAAAAGAA